AUGAUGCAGUUUAGGAGUCGCAUGCGAUCUAGAACGCUGGUCCACGUUACAUUUUCUGGGGUGCUGCUGAGAUUGCUGACUGGACUGCUGCUUGUGUAUCGUCACAGCAUUCUGCGUGCAUAUGUCAUUGGUUAUUUGUCCUCCACCACUCCGAGGGUUAUAGCAUCUUUACGGCAAAUUUGGAGGAAUGACUUGGACUAUCAACAGAAGCGCAGAGUGGUAGUUCGUGCUUUGACGAGUGCGAUACGAUUGGAUAGCUUCCCCACAUUCUGUGCUUCCCUCGUUGGGGGCUCAACGGUGUUUCCCCUAGUGAUUUUCCGGCUGGCUGAGCUCUUAAGCCAAAAAGUUGGCUUCAAGUGGAGUCGAUUACAAUCUGCCAGGUUUCUGCGUUUAGCUCGACUUAUCUGCGCUUUUGUUUCCGCUUGGCUGAGCUUUGAACUACUGAAUCGAAAGCCCAUUAGGCUGCAAGGAGUUGAAGGAACGCUUGCUGACAAUGGAAACGACGAAGCUGCUGGGAAGCAGCAAGGGUACCAGAACACAAUACACAAUAGACCUCCGUUUGCGGGCAGGACUAUGGAUCUGACGCUUUUUAGCUUUACUAGAGCAGUGGAUCUAGUAGCCUGCAUCAUAUGGGCCCGAUGGCGACAGUGGCAGAGCGCUCGGGGUCGCUGGAGUCGGGCAGAAUCCCUGGCGCCAAAGCUUGCGGAUUCGGGCGUGUUUGCCGCUAGUGCAGCAAUCGUGAUGUGGGCAUGGUUUUACCUACCGGAAAGGUUGCCAAAGUCUUACGGAAAGUGGAUUGGAGAGGUAGCCAAGGUGGAUUCCCGGCUGAUUGAAGCACUUCGCCGAGUCAGGAGAGGGGUCUUCGUGUAUGGGAAAGACACGGGGCAAGCACCUCUACUCCAGUCGAUGUGCAAGGACUACGGCUGGCCUAUCGAAUGGGGAGAUCCCGCCAAAACAAUUCCUAUUCCCUGCGAAAUGUACCAAUAUCGAGAGCGCAUUACCUUCGCUGUCAGCGCUGCCCUUCUUCUUACUUGUCUUCAAGAGCGACCUGGCUUGGUAAGAGGCGUUUUUGGGAGGAUUGCAACGAGCGUCCUGAAAUAA